AUGCUCAACGCCAUCCGCGGUCAGAAGCAAAUCGUUGUCCGAGAGGAGGCCGCUGUUGUCGACGAGGCUUCGCAGACAGCUUCAACCCAUCAUGGGUUGAAGUGGUGGCAGGCUGCUUUCAUCAUCACCGCCUCCACCAACUCCCUCGGGGUCCUCUCGCUGCCAAAAGCGAUCGCACCAAUUGGGAUUGUUGCGGCCCUCUUGGUGAUUCCCUUCAUAGGACUGUUGCAAUGGUACACCGGCUUCGUAAUCUGGCAGCUCGUCUCCAGAUAUCCGGGAGUAACCUCCUUUCCGGAACUGAUGGGCGUGUUCCUCGGCACGUGGGGCCGUCGCAUCGGCGUUGUCAUGCAGACGCUUGUCCUCGUCUGCAUCAUGGCCGCGCAUGUGGUGGGAUUCAGCAUCGCCUUUGAUGUUGUGUCAGGCUACCGGUUGUGCUCGGUGCUCUGCACGGUCAUCGGAGUCCUCAUGAUGGUUCCUUUUUCGCUUGUGCGUAGUCUGCGCGACACGUGGAAGAUCUCUGUUCUGGCCUGCAUCUCAAUCAUGGCCGCCGUUGUCAUCGCCCUCGUGUCAGUGGCAAUAAACCGGGUUCCCUACCCUGACGACUACCUGAUUCCCCCGGAAAGCGUCACGUCAUUCUACAAAGGCUUCCAAACGGUGAACAGCAUCCUGUUCGUCUUCAUGGCACACAUCGCCUACCCGUCGCUCAUCUCCGAAAUGCGACAAUCAGAAGACUUUCCCCGCGCUCUUCGCAUCCAGGCCCUUUUCACCAUCGCCUUCUCGCUGUUCGUCGCCCUCGCCUUCUACGCCAUCAUCGGAUCGAGUGUCGGCUCCCCAGUCCUGUCAUCUGCGCACCACACCCUGCGUCUGGUAGCAUAUGUGAUCGCCUGGCCGACCAUCGGCGUCGCCGCCAUUCUGUCCUGCGUCGUGGCCGGCACACAUAUCUACCGAAGCAUCUGGGAAAAGACAAAGCCUCGCAUCGGCAGCAAUGGCGCUCCAGUCAGCAGAUGGCGCAAGAACCUCUCCUGGGUCGGCAUCAUCUCCGCCCUCUGGACAGCAGCAACGCUGAUGGCGCUCGGAAUCCCGGCGUUCGAACACAUCAUACCGCUCGUGGGAGCACUCUUCGGCCCGGCGUACAUCCUGAUCAUGCCGUCAGUCUUCUUCGUCCAGCACGCUGCUCGGGGGUUUGAUUGCAAGAUCUGGCAGGUGCCGCGACGCAUGCCGUUCUUCUUUGCGCUGAAUGUCGUCAUCUUGUGUCUGGGGAUUGCGCAGUGUACGAUGGGCUUGAAGGGCACGGUUGAGGCGAUCGUCGCUUAUUUCCCUGACGGCGGCUUUUCCAGGCCCUUCUCAUGCGCAGCACCGGCGGCGUAG